AUGGGCAGAUGCUCCAGCCAUGGUUCAAGGAUAAGCACCUUGGCCUUGGUACUCUUGGGGCUUGCUCUGGGGUUUAGGGCCAUUACGGCUAAGCCAGAGGAUGGCAGCUUUUGCCCUAAGAGCCAAGUGGCUUUUAGAGAUGCUUGUUAUGAAUUUGUGCCUCUCGGCCGCACCUUCUAUGGUGCCCAGAGCUGGUGCGAGGAGCAAGGAGGCCAUUUGGUUUUUAUUCAUGGAGAAGGCACCCAGCUAUUUCUGCAGAAGCACCUCAUCCACGACACGGAAUGGUGGAUUGGACUCACAGGGAACUUGGCUUGGAAUGGAACUACAGAAGGGCCCAAGACCUGGCUGGACACCUCAAAUGUGAGCUACAGCCACUGGCGCCGAGGGCAGGAUGCUUCUGUAACCAACCCCUGCGGCUACGUUGGGAGAGACCCUUCCUUUGGGUGGUCGUCCUCGGACAACUGCACGCAGGAGUUCGCCUUCAUCUGCGAGUUUGGUGUCGGCCAGAGUCUGGCCUGCGAGAGCCUCAAUGCCACCAUGCACUGUGGCUCAGGGGAGGUGAUCCAGAUCCAGGAUGCUUUCUAUGGGUGCCAGACUCCUCAUUAUUGCAUCCAGGACACUGAGGACCCCUCAGACCUGGAGGAGGAAUGCAGCUGGGUCAGUGUCAAGGAUGAAGUGGCAGGCCAGUGCCAGGGGCUGCAGGCCUGCCAGGUGGCAGCAGAUGGGACCUACUUUGGAGACCUGUGCCCCAGCCGGGGCAGUUACCUGUGGGUGCAGCACCAGUGCCGGGAAGGCCUGAAGCUGACAGUGUCCAAUGAGAGUUUCAUCUUUGACAAUGUCACCAUCUCCCUUACAUGGUUCCUCUCUCCCUACAUUGGAAACCUGUCCUGUAUAAUUAAUAUGGGGGAUGGCCACACUUUCUACCCCUACUACCCCACAAGUUUGCCCAGCAGCGUUUUCCACCAGUUCACAGCCCCUGGGGAAUUCACUGUGUUUGUCUAGUGUACAACCAGCGAGUGGAACGUGAUAGCUCAGAAGCAAGUGACGAUGUGGGACAAGAUGGAGACGCUCUGUGAGACUGGGUGUUCUGGCCUGUCCAUAUCAGGAACCAGCCCCCUCUGCUGGGCAGUCUUCAGGGACCCUCUGCGGAUUCAGGUGGAGCUUGAUGGAGGAACAGGGGUGACUUACACUGUGCUGUCAGGUAACACAAGCCUGGCUGAGUUCACCACGCAGAGGGGCCCGCUCGCCUACAAUCUGACCCUGGAUGGAGCAGUCCAGCAACGGAUGGGCCCAGGGCUGCACCACUUGGAGAUCUGAGCCACCGGCAACACCACCACCUCUGCCCCCUCCAGAAACAUCACCAUCCACUUCGUGGAGCCCCUGUCAGGCCUGCAGGCCUCCUGGGCUUCUGGCAACUUGGAGCUUGGACAGGACCUACUGGUCAAUGUCUCGGCGGCUCACGGCAUCCCGGAGAGGCUGACCUUUGAGGUGGCAGGACUCAAUGCAACCUUCUCCCAUGAGAAAGAGAGCCUUGGGGGGCCAUUUGGGACUUACCACGUGGCAGUUCCACUUGAAGGCACCUUUCUGGUCACUGUGCUGGUGAGGAACGCCUUCUCAAACUUGAGUUUGAAAAUUGGAAGCAUCACUGUCACAGCUCCUUCCAGCCUCCAAGAACCACCUGGAACAAAGGCUCAGGAAAAGAAUAGAGAUAGAGGGGAUGUGGAGCUGUGCGUGGAACCUGCUCAGUACUUGGAUCCUUUCACAACAGUGACUCUGGGCUGGCCAGACAGUAACAAGGACUUUCGCUUCCAGUGGGCAUGUGGGCACUGCUGGGCUCAGUGGAGUGACUGUGUUGAGAGGCAGCUGCUCCGCACAGACCAGAGGGAGCUGGUGCCACCGUCCUGCCUGCCGACGCCUGACUCUGCUGUUACCCUGCGCCUGGCAGUCUGGAGAGGCCGGGGGCUGGAGAACCUGGAGGAGCAGUGCCUCUACGUGUCUGCCCCCCUGGAACUCAGGCCACGAGUCAGCUGUGAGGAGAACUGCAGGACAGUGAAUGCCAGCAGGGACGUUAUGCUCAAGGUCACCAUGGGGGACAAGCCUGCAGCAGCCGUGUUCAGCUGCUAUUUAGAUGACACCCCGCUGGAGAAGGCCGAGCCCCUCCCGGCGGCCUGCAGACUCCAGGGAUUCUGGCUGCGUUCUUUCAUCCUCCUUCAGAGCGACACCGCCACCCUGCUGCUGAACAGCUCCUUCCUGAGGACCCGCAGCCAGGCCACCGGAAUCAGAGUCAGAGCGGUGACCAGGUGCGCUUAUGGGGAGGGCACCUACGUGAUCAGCUCCCUGCCCCUCCCGGAGGUGCCCACCUGCACCACUGCCCCGGAGGAGGGCACUGUUCUGACGAGCUUCGCCAUCUCCUGCAACGCUUCCGCCGCCCUGGGGCCCCUGGGGUACUGCUUCUGCCUGGAGUCAGGUUUCUGUCUACACUGUGGCCCUCAACCUGCCCUCCCAUCAGUUUACCUGCCACUUGGAACAGAAAACAAUGACUUCAUGCUGACAGUGGUCAUUUCUGUCUGCAAUCACGCGGGUGACAGACAGCAGACCCAGGCAGCAGUUAAGGUGGGGACGUGGAGGAACUGUGUGGAGGAUGAGGCAUUUCAGGCCACAGUGUGGGACAAUGUCACCGCCACUCUGCAGGGAGGGCGUGGCCCUGAGCAGCUCUUCCAGCUGGCCAGGUCUGUGUCAUCCGUGCUGGACCGGCAGUGCCAGGGGCUGGGCUCCGGGCAGCCGCUGAGAAUGGACGCCAGACAGAAGGUGUCAGAGAGCGUAUCCUCUCUGUCUGCGGGGUCACUGCCUGCGGUCAACGCCACCUUGGGGGACAUGCAGAACGUGCAGGAGCUGGCCGAGGUACUGACAGAGGCGACCCGCCGCAGUGAGGAGCUCACACCCUUGGCCCAGACAGCCAUAGUGUCCCAGCUGCUGGGAGCUGUGGGGCACAUGCAGGCCGCCGUCCUGCCGGGGGGACUGCCCGGGGGCCUUCCAGCCACGCUGGCCGCCCCCUCCAUCUCCGUGUACACAAACAGAAUACAGCCCCGGAGUUAGCGAGGCUCCCCUGUGCACGUUGCUGCUGCCAGCUCUGCGACCUUCACCCUGCCCGCUGCCCCCUCCCUUGGCUCCAUGGAGGACGGUAGAGUGCCUGUGGACAUAAGGAUGAUGAGUUUCCCAGAGAACCCACUCCCAGCCCGAAGUCACUUCGACGUCAGCGGAACCGCUGGUGGCCUCUCUCCCAGCCCUGGUGGGCAGCUCAUCCCUGUGAAGAAUCUGUCGGAGAAUAUCGAGAUCCUGCUGCCUCGGCUUUCAGAAAGACACAGUGAGCCAACUGUGUUGAACCUGACCAGACCUGAAGCUCUGAGGGUGAACCUGGCUUCAGGGGGCGUGGCUUUGGGGAUCCAGCUGCACUGCAGACCUGACAUCCCCCUCGUGCUCAGCCUGGGCUACGGCUAGCACCCCAACGAGACCAGCUACAACGCCCAAGCUCACCUCCUGCCAAAGGCUGCUCCAGAUGGGCUGUCCACAUGGAUCCUGAGCCCAGAGGACCUGCAUUUUGGAGAAGGCAUCUACUACCUGACUGUGAUCCCCCAGUAUGACCUGGAGCCGGCCCCCGGCAGGGACUUCACAGUUGGCAUCACCACCUUCCUGUCCCAUUGUGUGUUCUGGGAUGAGGUCCAGGGGACUUAGGACAACUCCGGGUGCCAGGUGGGACCACGGACCACCCCCUCCCAGACACACCGCCUCUGCAACCACCUCACCUUCUUUGGAAGCACAUUCCCGGUGAUGCCCAAUGCCGUGGACGUCCGCCAGACUGCUGAGCUCUUUGCCACCUUCGAGGACAACCCUGUGGUUGUGACCAUCGUGGGCUGCCUCUGUGUGGCCUACGUGCUCGUGGUGAUCUGCGCAAGGAGGAAAGACGCUCAGGAUCAGGCCAAGGUGAAGGUCACAGUGCUGGAGGACAAUGACCCCUUUGCCCAGUACCACUACCUGGUGACAGUUUAUACCGGACACAGGAGGGGGGCAGCCACUUCCUCAAAGGGGACUGUCUCCCUAUAUGGCCUGGAUGGAGAGAGUGAGCCCCACCACCUGUCAGACCCCGACAUCCCGGUUUUUGAGCGAGGAGGAGUGGAGGUCUUCUUACUCUCCACCCUGUUUCGGCGGGAGCUGAGGAGCCUGCGGCUAUGGCAUAACAACUCAGGGGACCAGCCAUCCUGGUACGUGAGCUGGGUGCUGGUGCAUGACCUGGCAAUGGACCGGAAGUGGUACUUCCUCUGCAACUCGUGGCUGUCCAUCGAUGUCGGAGACUGCCUUGACAAAGUAUUUCCAGUGGCCACAGAGCAGGACAGGAAACAAUUCGGCCACCUGUUUUUCAUGAAGACCUCCACAGGCUUCCAGGAUGGCCACAUUUGGUACUCCAUCUUUAGCAGCUCAGCUUGGAGCAACUUCACCCAUGUCCACCAGGUGUCCUGCUGCUUCUCACUGCUCCUCUGCACCAUACUGACCACCAUCAUGUUCCGGGGUGUCCCCAAGGACCCAGAUGAGCAGAAGAUGGACUUGGGUAAAAUCGAAUUCACUUGGCAGGAAGUGAUGAUUGGGCUGGAGAGCUCACUCCUCAUGUUUCCCAUCAACCUCCUGAUCGUUCAGAUUUUUUGGAACACCCGUCCUUGGGUAACCAAGGAGCAGAACACUGGGAAAUGGGAUGGGGGGCCCCCUAGCCUGGCCCCCUCACCGCAGCCUGUGGGGGAUGGUCUUCUGACACCUGAAGCAGUGACCAAGGAUUUGUGGAGCCUCGUCAGCUCCUUGUUCAAACCUCUGAAGGUGCCACCCCCUCGCUCGGGCUGGGACUUCGCGAACUCGGUGGACAUCAACCAACUGCUGGCCUUGGUGGAAGACGUCGUCUGUCAGCAGAUCGAAGCAGGGCAGGUGUUCUGGAAGGAAGCCAGCCAGACAGGGGGCCCUUUAACACUCACUCUUGGGUCUGUACAAGUGAAAGUCCUCCAGAAAAAAAUGCAGUGCCCCAGGCCUGAGGUGGGCCCAAGAGAUGCUUGGAAGGACAGUGCCUACAGGCAGUGUCUCUACCUUCAGCUGGAGCACCUAGAGCAAGAGCUGCUGCUGUGGGAGCCCCAGGGCUUUUCCCGGUGCCAGAGCCACACCCAGGCACUGGGGCAGCUGCAGACCCUGAAGGGCUGCCUGGGGGGACAGCCCGGAACCCCACCCCCAGCACACUCCAGCUCCCUGCAGGCGAGCAAGCCCCCUGGAGGCCUCCCCUGGUGGUGUGUCCUGGUGGGCUGGCUCCUGGUGGCAGCCUUCUUCACCAUGCUCUACGGCCUGCACUACGGGCGGGCCAGCCCCCUCAAGUGGCUCAUCUCCAUGGCCGUCUCCUUUGUGGAGAGUGUGUUUGUCAUCCAGCCCCUGAAGGUGCUGGGGUUCGCUGCUUUCUUUGCGCUGGUGUUGAAGAGAGUGGAGGACGAAGAGGAGCCUGUGGUCCCCCUCCUGGGACGUCUCUCUGGCCCAGACCCCUCUGCCUUGUUCCGAGCACAAAGAAACAGCAGAAGGGACAUCUACCAGAAGCCUCGGGCCUCUGACGUUGAGAAGACGAAAACCACCCACCUCAAGGAACAGAAAGCAUUUGCCGUAAUCAGAGAAAUCUUGGCACACCUGGGCUCCCUGUGGAUGCCGCUGCUGGUGGCCUACGGGCAGGGGGACCCCAGCGCCUACCACUUCAACAGACACCUUGGGCACAGCUUCAUCCGAAGCUUUUCAGCCAUGCUGGGCUUUCAGGACUUCUUCACGUGGGCCAGCACCACCCUCGUGAGCAACCUGGACAGUCAUCACCCAGGCUUUAUCACUGAUGGGAACUCCAAGCUGGUUGGCAGUGCCCAGAUUCGCCAAGUGAGGGUCCAGGAAAGCUCUUGCGCUCUUGCCCUGCAGCUGCAGGCUUCUCUUGAUGGAUGCCAUGCGCCAUAUUCCCUGGAUAUUGAAGACCUGUCAGACUAUGGGGAAGGCUGGAAUGCCUCCGUCCUCAAUAACAGCAAUGACUUUUCCCAGGCUUGGCAGUACCAGAGCCAGAGCCAGCGCCAAGGGUAUCCCAUCUGGGGCAAACUCACUGUGUACCGGGGAGGAGAUUAUGUGGUCCCCUUGGGGACUGAUCGCCAAAGUGCGUCAAGAGCCAAUACAGGGAUGCGGAACUUAGUACGACACAAAGCGUCCACCACCAGGCAACUGUCGGAGGAAGGAGAGAUCGUCGAUUUGCUACUGAUGAAGAUACUCAGUUUCCUGGGCAUUAAAUGUAAAAGACAGGAACCUGGAAGCAGCAGUGAGCAGCCUGAGUUGCUGUCAGAGGCCUGGGCCCCUCAACCUGUAUCAGCUGUGCCCCAAAUUUAA